CGGCAGCUGAGAUAUUCAGAACCAGAAAGCUUGCAAUUUGCUCUCCUUCGCAUAAGUAUCCACAGUACUCAGUUCCCCCUUCUUUCGCUUUCGUGCGGAAUGCGACUAGAUGUCCUCAAAGUUUAAGGGAAAGUCAGCCGACCGGCCAGACAUUACCCGUGCAGCGUUGGACCCGGAACCGUCCACAGUCCACAGUAAGAUGGACUUGGUGUCCAAAACCCUCUUUGCGCCCUUCAAUAACAAGAAGAAAGACACCUCGCGUAUUCUUACAGACCUCGCCCCGGUAAUAAUGACUCCCCGUAUGAUGAACGCAGCGGCGACGGUGUCUUCACGUUCGCGAGGUUCUCUUGGUGCCUCAGCUCCUGGAGGAUCCCGGCUGGACUUUGCAACCCUCGGACGCGCUCCAAUGCGUCUGACCCUCGGUACCCGCCGCAUCACAUCACGAGACCUCCAAAUCGUCGAGGCAACGGAUGAGCUCUUGGACGCUGAGAUUCCAGAAACGGAGGGUAUUGCGUCUGACGUGAGCUUACUUCGCGGGUUCAAUGCCACUGUUCCGAGUUCGGAGAAAAACCGGACACGGCGCAAACAGAUGCGGAACGUUGAGACUCCGAGGAUUGGGCUGAAAAAGCUAGGGAUGAGUGCGAGAGGGAUGAUGAUGGAAGAUGAAGAGGAGAGAAGUAUUGCAAGUGAAGAAGAUGUGGUGGUGGUUUCACGUCUUGAUGAGCGAGGGAAACGAAAGGGGAAGAGACGAGGCAGGGAGAGCCUUAGUGCAGCAAAGGCACUUGGCAAGGACGAACUUCGGCGACAGACCCAGGAGAUACUACUUGACAAGGAGAAUCUUCAUGUUCGACGGAGCCUAAUUAACAGUGAAAUUGUGGAAAUUAACAAUAAAAUCAAAGCACUGGAUUCAAUAAGAGAGAGGUUGGGACAAGACCUCUUAAAAUUGCACGAGGAUGAGUUGGAGUUGGAUGAUGAGCUCGGGGGUGUGCAGGAACGAAUAGAAUUCGAGGAAGCUGCCUUCCGCCAGAGUGACAAUACCAAAACCGCACCGGUACCUCAUGUUGCCCCUUCACGGCGGCGGAGAGGUCCCGUGUUCUUACCGUCAGAACAUGACGAACUCCCACCAGGAGUAGCAUUCAUGACCCUAGAAAGCCACCUCACACCAAUCACCGCUCUUGACUUCUCCGAACCUUACGGAACGCUUGUGAGCGCAUCACAAGAAGACUCCCAACCACGGCUUUGGGAUUUGAUGACAGGCUCUGAAAUCGGACGAUUGCGUGGGCAUCGCGGUGCCGUCAAGUGCAUACAAGUUGAGGAUAACCUUUGCUUGACCGGCGCAGAGGACGGCAGCGUGCGCCUUUGGGACCUUCGACUGGUAGAUGAAGACUGGGAAAGGGAUGGUCUUGCCGAUGUUGCGGAGGAGGAUGAGGGUACCGCUUAUGAUGGGGAACUCGUCGAAAAGCCGAAUGGAAUUCGGUCGAGUGAACCUAGCGAAGCAGGCACGGCUGACCAGACUGGACCGUGCAUCAGAUUGUUUGAAGGGCACAGUAAGGCUGUCACCGCACUUUACUUUGAGGAUGAAUGUUUGGUCACUGGUGCAUCGGACAAGACACUUCGUCAAUGGGACCUUGCGACUGGACAGUGUGUCAUGACAAUGGAUAUCCUAUGGGCUAUCUCCCAUUCACAGCCCACUAUAUCAGGUAAUGGCAUACCAAAUCACCUUUUCCCAAGUGCCGCUGCUUCUGCGGGGCACUUCGCCGUUCCUACACCUCCUUCAGCAGACGGUAGUUGGGACAUGUAUGAAGAUUUUGUGGGUGGGGUCCAGUUCUGGGGUUAUGGACUCGUGAGCGGUAGCGGGGACGGGGCGGUACGAAUGUGGGACAUGCGAACGGGACAGGCCCACCGAACGUUAAUGGGACAUACCGGCCCAGUGACCUGUCUUCAGUUCGAUGAGAUGCAUAUUGCCAGCGGCAGUCUCGACAAAUCAAUACGGAUAUGGGACGUCAGGACAGGCGGCACAUUUGAAACCCUCAAGUAUGAUCAUGCUGUGACCGCGCUGCAGUUCGACACCCGUAAAGUUAUUGCUGCUACUGGUGAAAAUGGGGUGAAGAUCUACAAUCGCACGAGUAUGCAACAUUCGUCUCUUUCCACGAACGGCCAUACGCAACCCGUCGAGCGCAUACGAUACAUGGACCGGUACCCUCGUGUCGGGCGGACGCGAUGCUGCAGUAAAGAUAUGGACUUUAUGAUUCUCGAUUAGAGAGGUCCUAAAGACCUUCGACUGUCGACAAUGUUGGUGCCAAUUAGAAUCUAUAUAUACCUCAACUUAGUGCAGACAGGUCCAGUUGGUUAUAACUUAGCACCAACACAUCGAAUAGAUGUAAUAGCAUACACAAAGUUGCAUACAUCUCCAAGUUUUGUUUGCAGCUUGAGUUCAGG